AAGAGCUAACAUUAAGCCGACAGGGUUAACGCAUCUGCCGCGAGCUCUGUUUUGCUCUCCGUCUGCCUGUGCAUCUCGGCCUACCGCUCGAGUUCGACUCUGCCAAAGUUGGUCGUCUGCUCGAGUCAAGCUUACCGGCAGCCAUUCCCGGACACCAGCGCGCGAUAUGCUGAACGCCAAGAUAGCGGUGUGGCUGUGCCUGCUGGGCUCAGCGCUCGGCGCGCCACAGAGGGGCGGAGGCGCCGACAAGGACGCGGUCAUCACCUCCCAACAGCUCGAGCUCAACUUCGACGGCAACUACGUCAACAACUUCGAGACGAGCAACGGCAUCAGCCAUCAGGAGAGCGGCGCGCCAAAGGCCCAGGGCAGCGACGGCCCCGCCGUCUCCUCGCAGGGCGCGACCUCGUACACGGCGCCCAACGGCGAGGUGGUGUCCAUCCAGUUCGUGGCCGACGAGAACGGCUACGUGGCACAGGGCUCGCACAUCCCCACGGCCCCGCCCAUACCCCCGGAGAUCCUGCGCGGCCUCGAGUGGAACGCCGCUCAUCCCGAGGAGGACAGCAUCGACUCUCAGCAGCCCGCCAAUCGACCGCCGGCCCGAGGUUAACCGCAGAGCGUAACAUAGGAUCGCCGCUGUAAAGCCGAGCCCCAGCGCCGAGGAUCAACGCGAGAGCGAGCGAGAAGAGGAGACUCGAUACAGCUGCGAAGGACUCUAUCUCUCGCUCUCCCAUCUCUUCGCCGUGCAGAGAGCCGAAGCUGCGCGCGGCGUAUCUUACUAAUCUUCGUAUUUUAAUGGAUCCGCAACGACGCGGGGACGCCAAACGCCCCCCCUCCCCCCCGAAAAAGACAAAAAAAUAUCGCACAAAAAAAUAAAAUAAAAUAAAAUAAAAUAAAAAGAUAUAUGAACGUUUCGCACGCGCGUACACCGACCCGAGUCGCGAGUCGCAUAACAAUGGCAUCCAACCAUCUAUAUCUCUAUGUAAAACUAAACAACCAUUUUACACACUUGCAGCUGCUUCGUGAACCUAAAUUACACUACGAUGCAUGUACGCUUGCUUAUAUACUACAUAUGUUUUGACAGCCGUCGUGGGACGCCCGUGUGUCGCGCGGGAGUCAUCUGUCGCCUUCUUACAGCUUGUACUUUUCUUUGUUAAUCCGCACGCAGAAGAUAUUGAAAGAAAAAAAAAUACAAAUAAAAAGAAGAAUAAUGAUCAAA